AUGCUCCACACGUGUUUCCCAGUAGUUACAGGGCAGUUCUUGGAGAAGAGGGGGGUGUCAGAUGGCCGGGUUCAUUUCCGGAUAAUUCUCGGCUGUCAGAAGACAUCAAUUUGGCAGUGCCAGAAGCCUCUUGGGAAGGAGCAGCUGGUGUCUCUUUCAACUUUGAUGCCUGCUGAUGUUUCGGAAGCUCCAGAUGCGAGCGUAAUCACAGAUGUGUCCACACAGAACGACGCGCUUCAGGUCCGAGAUGUUCGGCGUCCUCCAGCGCGCAAAAAGGCGCCUCUCUUCAUGCUGGAGAUGUACGAGGAGAACAUCCGACACCCUGAGACUCUGCCGGGGAACAUCGUGAGGAGCUUGCAAGCGCAAUCGAAUGGAGCGUUUUACUUUUUUAACCUGACUUCAUUUAACCCCCGGGAGAAGAUCACCAAAGCGGAGUUCCGCUGGUUGCGGCGCGCGCACGCGGUCUCACCAGGUCACCACUUUUACAGAGUGGAUUUGUAUGAAGUGCUGGAUAGCAGAGUGAAACCUUGGAGAGGGAACCUGAUCAUCUCACGGGUACUGCCAGUGCACACUGAAGGAUGGGAAGUGUUUAACAUCACACAGACAGUCACCAAAUGGAUUCUCAGUAGCAGUACAAAUAACGGCAUCGUGCUCGUUUCGACUUCGGCAUCUGGACACUGGCUGGAGACAACUGUUCAAAGUGCGAGACAAACAACCUACGAGGAGAAUGAGGUCUACCUGGUGAUCUACUCAAAUGAUGGUCGGAGAAGCUCAGGUAAAAACUACCUCGGUAGCAUUUUACGAACACGUUUCUCAAGAUUUAUUUAUCCUGCAUUAGCGGCGGUGCAAAGGCGCAGGAGUAGACAUAAACGGGCGGCUGAAAAUAUAUAUUGUCAAAGGACACCACUCUAUGUUGACUUCGCGAAACUCGGCUGGUCCGGAUGGAUAAUAUCACCAAGGGGCUACAACGCCAACCACUGCACAGGCUCCUGUCCAUUUCCGCUCAGUGGAAACUUACAUGCAACUAACCAUGCCAUUGUGCAGUCGAUAGUAAAUACCUUAAAACUGUCUAACAAAGUGGGACGGCCAUGCUGUGUACCAGACAAACUUCAGCCAAUAAGUCUGUUGUAUUUUGACGAUGAGGAAAAUGUUGUUCUCAAACAAUAUGAUGACAUGGUGGCAGGCAGCUGCGGCUGCCACUGA